CCAUAAAACCCAUAAUCUAAAUCAGGCCCAAUUGUUCAACGGAGCCCAACGUUAUAAACUAUAUAUUACAAGACUCGGCAAUUAGGGUUUCCUAUUGCUAGGGUUUUGUCUGCAAGUCGCUCCUCCGUUCACCGAGCUACCGCAGCGAAGAUGCCGUCACACAAGUCUUUCAUGAUCAAGAAGAAGCUGGCGAAGAAGAUGAGACAGAACCGACCCAUUCCUCACUGGAUCCGCAUGAGGACCGACAACACCAUCAGGUACAACGCUAAGCGCAGGCACUGGCGCCGGACCAAGCUUGGGUUCUGAGGUGGACCACCCGCUACUCUAUACCUGCCAUUUGGUUGUCAAGAUUUAAAUUCUGAGAAACAGAUGGAAACUUUUUAUGUUUAAUCAAACUGGGAACUUCCAUAGAGCCCCGUUGCGGAGAUUGCUUUAUGAAAUUGGUAUUUGAUUUGUAGUUUAAUUGUAUUUCGAGUAUUGGGUUGGACCAAUUUUUGAAUUUAGCUGAGUUAAAUCUGAAUCAUGACUACCCAAUGCUUUUA